AUGAAUGGUGAAGAAGCAGACUCUCAUAACAGUAGUGAUUUCGGAGAUUUGGAAUUUAACAGUGAAGUUAGUUAUGAAUCAGCGCGUUCUUCUUCUUCAGAUACUUCUCAAACUCAUUUUUGGCAUCAACAAUUCAUUAAAAUUGAUCUUAAAAGGAUUAAUCUCACCAAUGGAAAGCAAAUUCUUUCCAACGUUCAAAAACUUUCUUUAACUUUGCGAUUCAUUACGAAUGAAUUAUGUAUUACUUCAAACGCCACAAUGAAUGAAAUAGUUAUUCCAUUAAAUCAGCUUAAAAAGCUCAAAUAUCGCAAGAAAGGGAAAUAUCUAUUAAUUUUAAAAAGAAUUUUGAAAGAUUUUUAUCCACAAGGUCUUUUAAAUUAUCGAACUCAAUUACCUUCCGAUCCAGCAGGCGGUGAACUAAAUGGCAUCGAGUCCUUGUUAUUUGUGCCGGCUGAUUGGGUUGACAAUAAUACUUUAAUAUUUUUUGGUGAAGGCGUCAAAAAAUUGUGGUUUACCCAGGUAAAUGAAAAUAACUUGACAAAACUGGAUAAUGGAAUUAAUAAUACUAGUGAUAAUGACAAGCUCCAGAUUACCUGUAACUUUCUUUCCAAAAAAUAUAUUAUUAAUGUGGCUAUCGAAACUAAAUUUAAAGAUAUACUUAAAUGUAUUCAUGAAAGAUAUAAGGUUGAUAUUAAUCCAAGUCGCGUGACAUAUAAAAAUCUGUCAAAUGAUAUGAUUACUUUGAUUGAUGAUGAAGAUUGGAAUGCGGUAAAAUGGGAGGCAAAAAUAUCGCAGAAUUAUAAUAUUUCAAUGUUUUUUUCUUAA